CUCACUCUCUCUCUCUCUCUCCCUCCCUCUCUUUUUCCCUCAUUUGCUCGCGCGCUCUCUCUCUCUCUCCCUCCGUUUAUCUUUCUCUCUCUCGCAUCUCAUCCCUCGUUCGCGCUACUCCAACUUCAUCUCCCUUUUCACCCCCGCCGUUAACCCGACGGAAAAUCGGAAGAGGAUAGUUUAUAUAGAAUAAUACAACAAGCUGCUUUAUAAUCUAAUCUGUGAGCUGAUCUUCACUUCGAUAAGAUGUCGAGAUUCUUUGUCAAAACAAAGACCACUUUCUACUAGACUAAUUAUGCCUAAUUGCGCUUGACCAUGCUCCUGAAAUGUGAUGAAAUGACGGAUCGCUCCGAGAUCAGCAAAUGGAUGUCCAGACGAAAUUUGACGAAGAUAACGCGAAGAAAUGUACAUUUCUUCUUUCGUUCAUCUUUCGACUUUCGACGGAUUGACACAUUGAUCGAACACCAUCGGCUGAUAUCAGAUAAGAGAUCUUAAUGCCCAGCUGGAUCCGAUACCGGCGAUCUAUAUAAUAGCCGCGUUAUUUUCUUAAUUGUUACUCGCGGGACUCUUAUCGCGUUCGAGCAGUCGCAAGAGCAGUGAACCAAUUUGCGAGGAUAUACUCGUGUGUAAUUAGCGUAUCGUCGUUUCGGUACACGGGCAGAUAGCGACUACACACGCGAUCGAGUACGUCAAACGGACUCCCUGGACGCGCAUAAAUUUUCUUCUUUUCGAGCAACUACCUUCGAUUUGGCACGUUAAGUCGCGAGAAUCACUGCAGUUUCUUCCCUCGCAAUCGCUCAUCGAUUGAUAAAGAAGACGCAGCAAAUUCGUUAACUUCGAAAGGAAAGACAUUCUUCUUUCCACGUCUCCAGAGGCAAUCGGACAGUCGACCAUGUUUCCCACUUUGCGCGGAAAAAUGAGCCACCUCGUGGUGUUCGGACUUAUCCUGAUCUGUUGCCAUGCCCGGAUAAUUGAGAAAAAUGAUCAGAUUGCACCCAUCGAUGAGCAGGCGAAUAAAGUCGAAAAAUUCCUCGAGGACUUCAAGACCAAAAUGAAGACGGGAGACGAGGAACUCGGGCUUCCAAUCUUGGAUCCAUUCGUCAUGAAAGAAGUUCCGCUCAAGGUCGACGAAGAAAUGAUAAAAGUGGACGGAUUCUUGACGAACCUGAGAGUGGAUAGCCUGUCCGAGUAUAACGUGUUGAGUGGUAACUUCCAGUUAAUAGGAUUAAAAUUCAGCAUGAAUCUCUCGUGGCCGCAAAUAGUCGCGAGUACAGAUUACGCAAUAGACGCCACCGUCAACGACUUCGAAAUUUAUGGCAAAGGCAAGAUAGAUGUGGCCGCGCAUGACUUCGUUUUCGGGACGACCGUUACUCUUGUAGUGAACGGCAAAUAUCUCAAAGUGAAGAGCUUGUCAUCGAAAUUUUCUUUGAAGGCGUUAGACUUCAAGAUAACUGGUCUCUUCAACGACGAGGAAGUAUCCGAGGUAAUAAGCUCCGUAAUCUCCGAUAUCGUGCCUGAAUUCAUCAAUAAUUAUCAGGAUCAGCUUGCGCAGCAAGUAGACGCUCUCCUCACGAAGCAACUCGAUGCUUUCCUAGCGACUAAAACAAUUGGGGAUCUACUGCGAAUGUUUGGAUAAUAUUUAGGCCAUUCAAGGCACGUUGUUUGAUCAAUUAUCAGGCAUUCGAUCGAUCGUCAUUAAUUGAGCAAUUAAAAUACAAUGCAUUCGAAGAGCGUUAAAUUCAUCAUUUAGAUGUAAGCGCGUGUGUAUAUUUUUAUUGAAAACCUUGUUUUGUAAUUAUAAAAAAUUUCUCUCUCUAGAAUUGUACUAAAAUUGUUAACAUUUGUACAAAAAUUACUAAUGAAAUUACUAAUAAUAAAAUCCGAUUAUUUGUUUUGA